AUGCCCGAGAUCGCCAUGUCUCAGUUUGAGACAGACAAAGGCAUCUUGGAGCCACAUUUGAGACAAUAUGGCCUGGAGUUUGCGACUGACGGAUUCCAUAUCCGAUGGGCGAAAGGAAAUCAGCGUCAUCCUCGCAAUUGGAGCAUUGUACGGAAAGCUUAUGACACUAGUUUGAUCAUCUUCCUAGAGCUUUUCACGACUGCCAUCAGCGCUUCCGGCUCCACUGCAGCCAAGGAUGCCAUAGGUGAAUUCAACAUCGAGAAGGAAUUAUCUAUAUUUGUAUUUGUAUCAAUAUAUCUGUUGGGCCAAGGCCUCGGUUCCAUCGUUUUCCCUCCGUACUCGGAAGCCUUCGGACGCAAGAACCUCUAUGUACUCAGUACGGCGCUGUACAGUAUCUCCUGUGCUAUCGUGGCUGCUGUCCCAUCUUUAUCUGGCGUUGUGAUUGGUCGUCUUUUCAGCGGAAUUGUCUCGGCGAUCCCAACAACGGUUGUUAUUGGCAGUAUCGAGGAUAUGUUCAAUUCGAGAGACCGAGUCUGGGUACUUUGUCUCUGGGCCAUAGUGGCUAAUCUAGGCUUGGUGACCGGCCCUAUAUUGAGCACCUUUAUCGUUGCGGAUCUGAAUUGGCGAUGGUUAUUCUAUGUUGCCGCCAUUGUGACCGGUAUCCUCACCUUCAUCCUAUUGACCCUCCGCGAGUCCCGUCCCUCCCUGUUGCUGGCACGCGAGGUUGCACAGCUGCGCAAAGUUACCGGAAUCGAAACGCUUCAGGGAUUGAACCCAGACCGCACGCCAGACCUGAAGACCUUUGUGCGUACGGCGCUGUUCCGCCCAGUGCGCCUCUUCUUCACCGAGCUCAUUGUCUUCUUCGUGUCCGUGAUCAGCGCCAUCGCUGUUGCUCUGGUUUAUCUCUUCACCGAAGCCUUGCCUCCAGUCUAUGAAGAUUUCGGGUUCAGCACUAGACAAGCAUGUCUCCCUUUCAUUGCCAUUGGAGUCGGUCUGAGCUUCGGGUUCUUUACCCGCUAUAUCGAUCUGCAUAUUAUCGACAAGCACCGCCAGAAGGGGCAGCCACUCUUGCCCGAGCACAAGCUGACUGGUUUCUGGAUUGGAGCCUUCAUCCUCACAGUGGGACUCUGGGCUUUCGCCUGGACUGUUCCCCCAUACAGGACUGACCUGCACUGGAUGGUGUCUGUCUUCUGCCUGGUGCUGGUUGGAUAUUCACUGAAUGAGAUUGAAUACGUGCUGGGUGGGUACUUAACAGACAGCUAUCUCAGCUAUGCAGCCAGUGGACUGGCUGCCCUUGCUAUUGUCCGAGCCCUCUUGUCUGCCAUCUUGCCGCUCGUCGCUCCGCCAAUGUUCUCGAACCUCGGAAACAAUAUGGCUAUCUCCGUGUUGGCGAUUAUUGCGACCAUGUUUUGUGCAAUUCCGCCCCUGUUCUCACGGUUUGGGAAGCAGAUCCGCGCCAAGAGCAAGUUUGCUAAAUACAGCUUGCGCAUGUAUAAUGAGCAUAGUGUUGACGAGGACGGAUAUUAA